AUGGAACCCGCUUCGCCGACAGCACCUGUUGCCGCUCCACAGUCAGCCGACGAGCUCCCGCCUGAAGCGAUUGCUCUCGCAGGAAGAUUCUUUGACGCCGCGAGGUCGGGUCAGCUUGACAUAUUCGAGCAAGCUUUGCCGCGGGGUCUACCUGCGAAUCUGACCAACGACAAGGGCGACACAUUGCUGAUGCUUGCAUCUUACCACGGCCACGCUCCCUUGGCCUCAUUGCUGGUGCAACACGGUGCAGAUCCCAAUCGCCUGAAUGACCGAGGGCAAUCCAUCUUGGCAGGAGUGGUCUUCAAGAACGAGGCUGAAGUGAUCGACAUCCUUUUAGAAGCCGGGGCCGACCCUGAGCUUGGGCAGCCGAGCGCCAUAGAAGCGACAAGAGUCUUCCGACAAGAAGCAUAUGAACAAAAGUUCAAAGAACAGGUUGAGAAACUGAAGGCCGCGGGCGCCAGAGCCAUGGACGGCAGUUCAUAA